GUAAUACUUCAGAACGAAUUUUUUUUGUAUGUUUAGGUCAAUUUACCAAAUUUUUAUGUGUAUUUCUAUUUAAAUUUUUAGCUUAGAAAAAUGGCUUGUGGUGACUGCGGCCCGUGCGGACCAUGUUUCACUUCUCCAUGUUCUCCACCAAUAUAUCCCCAUGCUAUAUGUUGUAUGUCAUGUCCUCCACCAAUUCUUCUUCCAACUAAACCAGAGCCAGUAGAACCUCUUCAAAUGCCGUGUCCUAUAAUUAAAGAUGAAUGUAUACCGGAAGAGGUAGCAUUACAAAAGCGUUACCACAAUUUUUACAAUGCAUAUAACGAAGAUUGGCAUUGCAUAACACCUUCAAAUCGUGGUCCAAAGCAAAUUCCAGAAAGAGGAAAAAAGCCUAAAACUAACUGUGAAGAUUAUUUAAGAAGACGUAAAAGCCCUACAAGGGGAUGUCCGACUGGUUUUCAACCAUGUUACAUGAAGUUAUCACCACCAUGUAACAAUCACCCUUGUGGAAUUUGGGUUGCUGAAAUCCAAAAAUGUCUCCCGAAACCCAAAAAAUCUAAUGAAUACGUACCCGGUCCUUGUACAAGGCCUUGUUGUAUGCACAAACCAUGUUCGGAACAAUGUUGCUGUUAUGAUUUUCCAUGUAAAGCUCACUGCUAUGAUCACCCUGUGGGAAUUAAACCGAAACACCCGUUAAAUGCUUAUUGUCCCAGAUAGUUUUAGACGCUUUUUAAAGAUCAUGGUAACUGAAAGUUACAUAAUGAGAGUUGCAGAUUCCUAGUCGAAAAUAGUAAUCACAUCAUCAUGGAGAACUUGUAAAAUAAACGGUUUUUUUUAAAUUAUUUUGAAAAGGUACUUUGGUAUAACCCUAUAUAUGUAUUUACAAGUUUUAAAUAAAUGAUUUUUUGUUUUGUAAAUUCA